AUGACAGAAAUUUUUACAGUUCAGAGUUCUUCCUUCUUUGAAAAGUUGAAUGUAAAAGAAAUGGCUGUAGCAACAGUCGAGAAACCAAAUUUACGUAAUGGUGUAAGCUCUUGGCAAGUUAUACUGCGAGCAACCGGAGAGCAAACCAGCCAAUUACAGAAAAGUUUCGGACAAAGUCCUAUUACUCUGCCCUGCUCGGACCAAUAUUCUUUAACAGAUGAGGUUUCUCGGCACGACUUUGGUAGCUUUUAUGGUCUCCCGGUAGAAUGCAUGGCAAGAGGUGAACAGACUGACCACUUAAUUUAUUCAUCAUCAUUCAUUCAGACAGAGGACUUUGAGCUAUUUUCAAAGUCCCAACAAACUGACGAUCCCAUCAUGCUUAACGCCCAGUUACAGACACUGUAUGAGUCCUCUCAACUCAGCAAACCCUCGCAAACAGAGCAUAUAAAGACUAUAAAGGAGGGUUUCAAUUUCUUUGACAUUUGUACGGCUGUCGUGUCUGUUCAAAAUAUUCCGAAGCAAGAGAAUAAGUCCAUUAUGAAAGAACCUCUAUCUGCAGAAAUUUCGUAUGAUGAAGCUAGGCAGUUUCAGACGGAUGACACGCAAAUGCAAACCGUCUGUAAUAAAGAAGUGUCAACGCAAGUAGAACUCAAAUUGUGUUUUGUUGGAGUGCAGGCGAACUUAGAGCUAAACGCAAUGCCAAAAGACAUUAAAUCACUGGCUCCAGUAACUUUGACUCUUAAGGAUGUGUCUUCAUGCGCUGCUAGUACAUUGACAGUGCAAGAUGGUUCGAGUGCAUAUGCUAUACUUAAAAAUUCAGUUCAAGUUAGCUUCUCUGAAGACACUGACAUUUGCCUUGUGGUGGACGAAGGCACUAUGUCGACUCCUGAAAUAAGACAUCGACGUUGUCAGACUGAGUGGAGAUCAAUUGUUUCGGGAUUAGAAAAGGCAAGUCAAUGGGAAUCACCUACUGAAGAAAGUGCCAAAAAGAUAGAAAAACUCCAUGCCGUCAGGCCUAUUAUUCUGAAAUCGUGCAUGCCCAUAGAAACGCCAAGUCAGGUUGAAUUGACCACCAUUUUCGCCGAUGCAUGGACGACGAUGAGGACAGAAGCCAGGGUGGAAGAGCCGGUUGACUCACUAUCAAACGAGUCUCGAGCUAAGGUGUCUAUGAAUUUAGCAGAUACUGAGACUGACAGACACUCUCUUCAGUACUCGAGCCAUGAAGAAGAUAGUAUCGAAACAGGGUCUUCUUCUGAGAUAGGCAUCCAAGCAUCAAAGCGAUCCAAGAAUAAAGGAACUAAUGUUAAGCCAAGUAUUCGGGAGCAAGCUUCCGAUCCUCAUAACUGGGAAUUUCGAGGUGUUGCCACACAAACAUUAAGUACAGGGGCAAUAUAUAGUCUUGGCAGUGAAUAUGACAAACUCGGAGAAAUAGUCAGUGACAUAAACCAGAACCAAGGCUCCCAAAAGUCAGGCGAUAAGGAGAUACAUCUACAGGAGUUGCGUAAGAAAUAUAUUGUUACAACCUGGCACGGACAAAUCAUGGACACUGUUUCCCAGGAAACGCAAGUCGAAGCAUUCCUUGGUCUUAAGUCAGUACGUUGUCAGGCAAAGGCUGAUAUGGUGAUGAUUGCAGUAAGCACCGAACCACCGGCCAUUUUCAGUCAAGAGCAGCAGACCAAGAACCUUCGACAUGAUGCAGAAAUCGAAUGCAAACCGAUUGAUUCAACCACUGAUGGCUUCACGGCUUAUUUAAGCGAAAUUGUGGAACAGGGAGUUCAGGUACCUGAAAGCGAGGCGAUCGUUGAGCAGCAGGAAUCGGACACAGAUACUAAACCUGAGUAUGAAUGGUUUCCAGACACCGGGACGAAUACAUGGGGUAUUCAGCUAAAAGUUGCCAAUGAGACUUUCACGCAAACGUAUCUGCCUUCUAUUGGCCGUUCAAUAACAUUCAGCGAGCCAACGCUGAUUCGCAAUGAGCGGGUGGCCAACGCAUCAGCCUGGCUUGUCCGUCCAUAUAAGCAUCGAGCGAUCCAGUUUGUCCACGAGCCCGAACAGAAUGACGUGGCUUGUGGCGAGGAGUUUUCGCCAGGCAUUGUAUUCAUCGAGAAAACUAUUAUCGACAUGAAGGAACGACUUUUAGAGCACUUUAGAUUUUCUGAUUACCUGACAUGCCAUCAAAAGGGUGUGAUACGUGAGACGGCAUCCCAGGUUGACCAUAAUUUGCUAAAAGUUUCAGACAAGAAUUUAUAUACUAAUUUGCUAAUGCCUAUACCUGAGUACCUCGCUGAAUUAACACCCGAGGAGGUUUCAGAGUUACAUCAGCAACUUCCUUCCAAGUUUACAUUCGAGGUCUAUCUUCGAGAUCGGGACGAGGGAUAUUUAGUGGAACAGAGCUCUCAGGCUCGAACUUCAGUGUUAUCACAGAGCAUUGAAGUCAUCCCAGAAGUCAAUUAUCGCUGUUUUUCAGACUUGCGAUCCUAUGAAUUAGCAAAGAGCAAGGAGCGUGUGCACGAGGCUUCGGCACAGACAUACACGGAUGAGACCAAAGAGUUAACAGAUUUCAAUGUCCAAAUCGGGCAGCCGGACGAGGAGCCAAGCAUUUACGAAGUCUACAUUAAUCGCCAAAAUGAUGGGUUUCUUCGUGAAUUAGGCUGUAUGGCUGAAACUGAAUUGCCAACUUUGGCAGAUGUUGGUAUCGAAGUUGAUCUUCCUUUGAUAGAAGACGAAGAAUCCAGUGAGCUUUCACUGCCCUUGUCUUUUCCCGCCUCAAGUCAAAGUGACAAAUAUGAGAGUUACCUAUUGAGAUAUCAAGCAGGUCAAAUCCAAGAGGUAGAGCUAGAUACAGAGGACAUUAAAUCUCUUUUCUCAGUGCCAGUAGCUACCAAACAGGUAAAUAUUGAGGCCAGCUGUCAAACGGAGCUUAAGGGAUAUUCGGAAACAAGUUUUGGCAUGCGCGCCACGGCUCUAAGAAGCUACGAUCUCGAUGGUUAUUUCUAUGGCCUCAAUAUGUCCGAGGUAGUCGAGCGUUGCACUCAGACUGUAGAGGAGGAAAGAGUAAUUCUAUUCUCCGAGCCCAUCUCAGAUGACGCCGAUGGACAGAAAAGACAUGUCUUAAUGGCGGAUCCUCCAGUAACAACAUAUUUCUCCUCGAGGCAGGAAAUAAUAUGUGAGAUAGGCACCCAAACGGCAGAUAAAGAUCUCGAAGAGUUCGAUGAUUGGUACAUGGAAGAUAACAAGAUGUCGUCAAGCACUGAAACAGAAGGCCUUGUGGCUACCUGGUCAUCCGACAGCCAUGACGUGGAGGCACAAACAGAAGUACUAGUCGCAGAUAGUCUGCUCGAUCCAGAAGUGCAAUCAACCAUGUGGAUUUCGCAUGAGCUCAAAGAGGCAUUUGCAGUUGGAAUGGAGGUAUUAAACUGUGAUCCUAGGCAUAAAUGGUCUGGGUCGAUUAGGCGAUAUGGCAGGGAGCUUAACAGCAUUGAAUGCCAAACGGAGAUUGACUCGGGCCUAGAGUUUGUGCGCACAAUAUCUUCUAGAUCCACUACACCUGGAUUCCUUACAUGCAAGGAGAUGGAAAUGCAGACAGAGCCCAUCGACCCAGAAUAUUUGCAAUUAGAGUUGUCGAGAUAUGAAAAGGAUUCGCUGGAGGAGUACAUAGAAUUCCAAUCUGAGCUUCAACCUGCUGCCUCUACUUUUCUUCCUGAAAUGCUGGCAACACAGGGAGCCCCUCAAUACUUGCAAUACCAGGAUUUGCAGGCAGCUGAAGCAAAUAGAGAGUAUGAAUCAACCAUUCAAAAUAUUUUUUUAUUGUAA